UAUUGAUGACUGCAGUCACUGCAGGGACUAAGAACUUUGUAGCUGGAUCCCCUUGUGGGGCUGGAGCGCUGGCGUGGCCCGAUUGUCCCGCGGGGUUCCAUUGUCCCAGCGGGCGAGCGCGCCAACUGUUGGCCUGGAUUCCCGGGACAUUUAAUCUGUAGGAUGGCGGAACUCUGUAACGUGUCGCCAACAGGGCACUCUGGCGUGGUUUGUUUUGGUCCUUGUUCACGCUAAACUUACGAACACAAAACAGGAAGGAUUUAAGGAAAAGAAACUCCGUAAAGAAUGAUGUCAAAAUUGGUUACAGACAUCUUUAAUACAGAGAGUGAUGAUGAAGAAUUUAUGGGGUUUCAAGAUUCUGAUUUUGGGAAUAGAUGUGGACAGUUUAAACAUAUACCAAAGUUUUUAGCAGAUAUUUUUGAUGAACCAAGUGAUGAAGAAUUUUUGGGUUUUCCAGAGGAAGAAUCCAAUGCAUUACUUGAUUGUGCUGAGGGCAAACAGAACCAGGGCACAAAUGUUUCCAAAUUUCAGUCCAAGUACAUUACAGAGGAACUGAUUGAAGUUUUCACAGAAGAUAGUUACUCAACUGAUUAUGUUUUUGAAGGGUUCCCUUCAAGUACUUUUGAACCUAAUGAUGAGUUGGAUUUGAAGUCUGUGAGUUCGGAAAUGGAGGAUGAAGAUGAAGGUUUCACUGAAUGUGAUGAUGAGGAGGAUGAUGAUGAUGUAUCUUCCAUUGAAAGUGAAAUGGAACCGACAUCAAAGAAAACCCAUUUUGGACUGCGUGUGGCAUUUAAAUUUCCUACAAGGCGACCAGCAAAGAGAAAGGAGAAUGAGUUGGCUGUGUCUGAAUCUGAAUCAGAUGAUGACUCUGGGUCAAAGAAGAAACGGUCUAAUGUUUUGCUAAAGCGAGCCAUGAACAUUAAAGAGAAUAAAGAGAUGCUUGCCAAGCUAAUGGCAGAACUAAAAACGAUGCCUGGGCUCUUUCCAGUGAAUGUACAGACUUCUUUACCUUCAAAACAGAAACGAACCCCAAAGAGAACUUUUUCUGAAGGAAAGAUUGAGCGCCGUGUGAAUCCAACUAGAAGUGCACGGCCUCCUGAGGGGUUUUCUGUAGAAAAGUUGGCGAUUUCUCCAACCAGACUUAUGGACCAAGUGAAAAACUUCCACUUGAGAACUGAUCUGUCAGAUCGUUUUGUUGAGGAUGGAAAUUUAAAGAAAAGGAGGCGAAGAUCUUCCAAAUGCAAGCCAAGACUUGCUGAUAAUGUGACAGAAGAGGAUUUGGAAAAUAUUGCCAUCACCGUUAAAGAUAAAAUAUAUGAUCGUUGUAUGGGAAGCACUUGCCAUCAAUGUCGACAGAAGACAAUAGAUACAAAAACAAUCUGUCGUAAUCACGAUUGUUAUGGUGUAAGAGGACAGUUUUGCGGACCCUGUUUGCGCAAUCGAUAUGGGGAAAAUGUGAGAUCGGCCCUUUUAAACCCUGACUGGGUGUGCCCUCCUUGCAGAGGGAUCUGUAAUUGUAGCUUCUGCCGUCGUCGGGAUGGACGGUGUGCCACUGGGAUUCUUGUUCACUUGGCAAAAUUUUAUGGAUAUGACAAUGUUCAAGCCUACUUGGAAAGUUUACAGAAACAACUAACUGAAGACUGAAACAAGAACGAGGAUCUGUAAAGUUGCAGCUGCUUUUAACAUUAAAUUUUAAUGUUACAUUUUAACUUCCUUACUGAAACAUAUAAGAGCAUACUUUAAUUUUUACAGCUUUGUAAUUAUUGAUGCUUGGAAAUAUUUAGUUAUUGAAGCUAAAUAAGGUCUUGAAGUUGAGUGUGUUUUUCUAAAUAGCUUCUUAGCAAUUGAAGAUUUUUUGUUUAAACCUUUGUUAAAAUUUCUGGUGUUGAUUAUGAUGUCUAGGAUUAUAUAGGUGGCAAGUGUUUUAUUAUGCUAUUCAGUGGUAAAUGUCUUGUUUACCACAUUAACACUAAAUGAGGGUUAAUAUAUCCUCUUGUGCAUAAUCUAAUAGUGUGGAUGCAUAUAUCUGCGAAAAGUAUAUUUUUCACACAGUAUAAUGACUGAUAAUUAAAACUGGAAAUGUUAUGGCUAUUAAUGCUACAAGUUUGAUAGCCCAGCAACAUAGAAGCAUUAGACUUUUGUUUUGAAUGUUAAUCUACAGUUUUUUUUUGUCUGGAAGUUAGCAUUUUGUAAAAAGUGUUCAAUCAUUAAAAAAUUGCAUAAUAUAAAAAUG